UGCAAAUUUGGUUUCGGUUGCAAGUACGGACACAACUAAUCGACACGCGCUUCCACCGUCCGGUUUCUUCGCCAAACCCGGCGAUCCUCGUCAUCUCCCAAGUCCAUUGCGCGCACCUCGCCUCGAGAUCCCAUCCAUUCUCAGCCCCAGACCAUGGCGGCGAUGCACGAGGCCAAACGCCCCACCGCCACCACAACCACUCUCCCCCCAUCCCCAUCCCCAUCCCCAUCCCCCUCCGCCGUCGCCCCCAACCCUCAUCUCCCCUACCACCAUCACCACUACGGCACCUUCUCCCCGCCGCCGCACGUCGUAGGCGCCGCCUACGACGCUUCCGGGAUCGGGUUUGGUUGUCGGAGCGUUGUUGCCUUCCCGUGCAACGUCCAGCAGCAGGUCUUGGUUGAGGGCAUCCCCGUCCGGGAGCCGCCACUGCCGUUCUGCGGCGUCGGCAUUGGCUGGUUUUUGUUCUUAUUGGGGUUCUUCUUGGCUGCCAUUCCCUGGUAUGCUGGUGCCUUCCUUCUAUUCUUUGUUGCAUUGGACCACAGAGAGAAGCCUGGAUUAAUGGCAUGCACCAUUGCUGGCAUAUUUGCACUAGUCCCAUUCAUUUUGAAUGGUAUCAGAAUGCAUCCUUUCUGGUGAUCAGUGCUGGAAGUUGUCAGUCCAAAUCCACAUAUAACUGCUAAUAUCUUGGGCACCACAUUCGUUAUGUCCCAUAGUGUAUCAUAUUGCUCAUGCUUGUGAAGAACAAAAUAGAUGAGCUUACGUUGUAAAAAGAAUCUCAUGCUGCUUUUCUUCCGCAGGCUUGUAUACCCUUUAUCUGUGUGGCUAAUUGUGAAUUCUACUGUAUAUUUGUAUGGCGAUACUUCUAAGAUUGAAUUACUUGGAGUUUGCUGGUGUAAAUUUGACUUGAACAUAUCCUGCUAUCUGUGUGAUACUUGUUUUGUUUUA